AUGGCUGAUGUUUACAUUGAUGCUCCGACAUUCUAUAAGAGAUUGUCUGUUUUACAAAAGAAACUUGAUGAUGAUGGAUUUUCACAAGCUUUGAUUGUCACAGGUCAACGUCAUGAUGAUAAUACCUAUAAAAAAUCAACAGUUUUACAAACUUGGUUAUUGGGUUAUGAAUUCGUCCAUACUGUUAUUUAUGUCACUAAAGAUAAGUGUAUUUUCAUUACAUCUGAAGGUAAAGCCAAACAUUUGAAACAUUUAACUAAUAAACCAGAUACUGUUGAAAUCUGGCCUAGAAAUAAAGAUGCUGAACAUAAUAAGCAAUUUUUUGUUAAAUUAAUUGAAGAAAUGAAGAAAAAUGGUACUGAAUAUGGUAGUAUUUUGAAAGAUAAAUAUGAAGGUAAAGUUGUUGAUGAAUGGAAUGAAGAAGUUGGUAAAACUGAUUUAAAACCAAUUGAUGUGACUUUAACUAUUUCUAAAUCUUUGGAAGUUAAAGAUUCUGAAGAAUUUAAUAAUACUAAAAUUGCUUCUAAUUCAAGUGUAGUAAUGAUGGAUAGUUUUGUUAAUGAUAUGAUGACAAUUGUUGAAGAAGAUAAGAAAAUCACCAAUAGUCAAUUAACUGAUCAACUUGAAGAUAAGAUGGAAAGUAAUAAAUGGUAUUUAAAAUCUAAAUUAGGUAAAGAAUUAUUACAAUCAAUUAAGGAAUUUAAUCCUGAAUUUCUUGAAUAUGGUUAUUCUCCAAUCAUUCAAAGUGGUGGAGAGUACGAUUUAAGACCAAGUGCUUUAUCCAAUGAUAAGAAAUUGAUUGGUGAAGGUGUUAUUCUUUCUUCCAUUGGGUUGAGAUAUAAAGGUUACUGUUCUAAUGUGGCAAGAACUUUCUUGAUUGAUCCAACAAAAGAAAUGGAACAAAAUUAUGAUUUCUUGCUUAAAUUGCAAGAGCACAUCACUGGUACUUUGUUGAAAGAUGGUGUUGCCGCAAAUAAAGUUUAUGAAGGUGCAAUUGACUAUAUCACUAAAGAAAAGCCAGAUUUGGUAGAUCAUUUCACUAAGAAUUGUGGUUGGUUAAUGGGUAUUGAAUUUAGAGAUGCAACUUUUGUCUUGAAUGUCAAGAAUGAAAGAAAAUUGUCCAAUGGACAAAUUAUCUCAUUAACUAUUGGUUUCAGUAACUUACAAGAUGAGAAAAAGAAAAAGUAUGCCUUGUUGUUGACCGAUACUUAUAAAGUUACUGACGACGCACCAAUUUUGUUGACAAAAUACGAUAAAUCCAAGUCAUCAGUUGCAUUCUAUUUCAAUGAUGAUGAAAAAUCUAAACCAAAAGUGCCAAAGAUUGAACCUCAAGAUAAUACCAAAAUUCUUAAGUCUAAAUUGAGACACGAGAAUGUUAAUGCUGAUGAUAAUAAUUCUGAAAAAGUAAGGCAAGAAAUUCAAAGUAAAUUACAUGAAAAGAGAUUGGAAGAAGGUUUGGCAAGAUUUUCUAAAGCAGAUGCUACUGAUGCCAAUGACUUUAAGCCAGUUUUCAAAAAAUAUGAAUCGUAUGUUCGUGAAUCACAAAUUCCAAAUAGUGUAUCUGAUUUGAAAAUUCAUAUUGAUUACAAGAAUCAAACCAUUAUUUUACCUAUUUCUGGUAGACCGGUUCCAUUCCAUAUCAAUUCUUACAAGAGUGGUUCUCAAAAUGAGGAAGGUGAUUUUACUUAUCUUCGAUUAAAUUUCAACUCACCAGGUGCUGGUGGUAACACAGCUAAGAAGCAAGAAUUGCCAUAUGAAGAUUCUCCAGAUAACACCUUUUUGAGAUCUAUUACCAUUAGAUCUAGAGAUCGUCAACGUAUGGUUGAUGUUUACAAAGCCAUUCAAGAUUUGAAAAAAGAUUCUGUUAAACGUGAACAAGAAAAGAAACAAAUGGCUGAUGUUGUUACUCAAGCUAGUUUAAUUGAAUUGAAAGGUUCAAGGGUUAAAAGAUUAGAUAAUGUAUUUAUUAGACCAACACCAGAAACCAAGAAAUUGGGUGGGGUUUUACAAAUCCAUGAAAAUGGUUUAAGAUAUCAAUCAAGUUUCAAGCAAGAUCAAAGAGUUGAUGUUUUGUUCUCCAAUAUCAAACAUUUGUUUUUCCAACCAUCCAAGGAUGAAUUGAUUGUUUUAAUUCAUUGUCAUUUGAAAAACCCACUUAUGAUUGGUAAGAGAAAAACAUAUGAUGUUCAAUUCUACCGUGAAGCCAGUGAUAUGGCGUUUGAUGAAACUGGUGGACGUAAAAGAAAAUACAGGUAUGGUGAUGAUGAUGAAUUACAACAAGAACAAGAAGAAAGAAGAAGAAAAGCACUUUUGGAUAAAGAAUUCAAAGCAUUUGCUGAAUUGAUUGCUGAAUCUUCUCAUGGUAUGGUUGAUUUGGAUAUUCCAUUUAGAGAUUUAGGAUUCCAAGGGGUUCCAUUCAGAUCAUCUGUUUUGUGUGUUCCAACCAGAGAUUGUCUUGUUCAAUUGAUUGAUCCUCCAUACUUGGUUGUUACUUUAGAAGAAAUUGAAAUUGCUCAUUUAGAAAGAGUUCAAUUUGGGUUGAAGAAUUUUGAUUUGGUAUUUGUAUUUAAAGAUUUCAAUAAACCAGUUGUCCAUAUCAAUACCAUUCCGGUUGAACUAUUGGAGGAUGUUAAAUCUUGGUUAACUGAUGUUGAUAUUCCAAUCAGUGAAGGUCAAAUGAAUUUGAAUUGGGCUCAAAUUAUGAAGACUGUGCUAGCCGAUCCAUAUCAAUUCUUUGUUGAUGGUGGUUGGUCAUUCUUGACUGGUGAUGGUGAUAGUGAUCAACUGGAAGAGAGUGAACAAGAAAGUGAAUUCGAAGUUAGUGAUGAAGAUCCACAAGAUGAAGAUGAAGAAAGUGACGAUUAUGCCAGUGAAAGUGACGAUUAUUCUGGAUCUGAUGCUUCUGAAUCUGGAUCUGGAUCUGAAAGUGAAGGUGAAGAUUGGGAUACAUUGGAAAAGAAAGCAGCCAAAGCUGAUAGAAAUUCUGGAUUUGAUUAA